CACAUCCGUGUUGGAAAUUUGUUUUUCUUUUGGCAGAUGUCAAUUUUCGCUGGAUAAAUAUCACCGUUGAUGGUUGUUAGACGUAAUGCUGGAUAUUGCAGAAUCGUUGUCUUCAAAAGGAACGAAAAUGCGACACUAGAUUGCAAUAUAGCAUAUUAGUAUUUUUGUUUUUGUCAUCUGUGUGUAGUUCAUCUAAGACAGAAAGCUAAUGCUAAUGACAGCUAGCUAGCAGGCUAACAAAGCAGUCUUUUAUGAUGAAAUGACGCUAGCUUGCGUACCCACCAGUUAACUGCUUUGAGCUGUUUUAAACCGUAAUUCAUGUUUACAGCCGUUGUCCGUUUAGCGUAAUUACGAGUUAGCUACUUAAAUCAGCAGCAUGGGUUAGCCAGUGCCGCUGCCUUCACUGAAAAUAAAACGCCUUCUCUUUUCGGUAACGUUUUUUCUGUACUUAUCACAUUUGCUACGCGAUAAAGCUAGCUAACGUCAGUUUACAGAGUCAGGUUUGCUCGGUAUAGCAGUCUUUUGAGGAGGUCGUAAUCACACAGGCAUACAUCAGCACAUAUUCCUGGCUACUACGUCAGUCAGGGGAUUGAUACCCGUGGACGGUUGAUGUUGUGGACUGACACUGACACCGACGUCUCCCCGAGAAAGCCAUGCUAUGAUGGUGCUACGGCGGUUACUGAGAAAGCGCUGGGUGCUGGGAGUAGUCUUCGGACUGUCUCUCAUCUACUUUCUCACCAGCACACUCAAACAGGAGGAGCGGACCAUACGGGACCGCACACUCUUAGAGGUUAGAGAUUCAGACCAUCGCAUCCCCUGGAAAGUCCGUUUCAACCUGGGAAACAGCAGCCGACAGAUCACUCAGUGCAGAAACUCCAUCCAGGGCAAGACGCUGCUCACAGACGAACUUGGUUAUGUCUGCGAGAGAAAAGACUUGCUGGUUAAUGGCUGCUGUAACGUCAAUGCUCCCAGCAGCAGACAGUACAUUUGCAAAAGCUGCCUGGCCAACGGAUGCUGUAGCAUCUAUGAGUAUUGCGUGUCUUGUUGCCUCCAGCCCGAUAAGCAACCUCUCCUUGAGCGCUUCCUGAAUCGUGCUGCUGAAGGCUUCCAGAAUCUCUUCACUGCUGUGGAGGAUCAUUUUGAGCUGUGCCUGGCCAAGUGUAGGACCUCGUCACAAAGUGUUCAACAUGAGAACACCUACCGAAACCCUCAAGCAAAGUACUGCUACGGCGAGAGCCCCCCAGAGCUCCUUCCUGUAUGAAAUUUCCUCUCGGGUUUAGGAUGUAGAGGAACAGCAGCAGUGGGCCAAUAAAGCGUCCCUGUUUGAACAUCUAAGGGUGUUUGGAGAAGAGACUCUCUGCAUAUAAAGUGUUGUCUUGGACAAUUUUGCAUUAUAGUGACAAAGAGAUGGAGACACCCACGACCAACCUCAAAAUGGACAAAUGCUGUAUGUGAUUUGAUUAUUUACACUUCAUAAGUGCAUAGAACGCUUCAUACAUUCAUCCGUGAUGAUCAUCAGGUCUACAUAGCAGGCAGCUCAUCCACCAGAAUCCGCUUCAAACCAGUUCACGUCAUCAAAUGGGCUUCAUUUUAAAAGAAGGCAACAGCUGUUUCAUGUUUUGUUGAAUACUUUAAAACAGCAAAGAAUGUGUCAUUACUUCUGUGUAUAGUGCAUGCAUGUGAAACUGCUAUUUAAUAAAAGUGACUGUGAAAUGA